CCAGGUGAUGGGGUGUGCGGGUACCCGCCGCAGCUUUCUGACGUAGGUUGGAGAGCCUAGCGAAGAAGGAAGCCCCGGGUGACGAGAACCCUGCCAGAGCCGAAGCGGAGGUAACACAUACCUACUGAGGGCGCCAGGCACUCAAGUCUCCACCCUCAAGUAGAUGACAGCCUUUGGUGUGAGCGCAACACACCAACAGUAUUGCCAUGGAUAGCAACCAUCAAAGUAAUUGCAAACUCAAUAAAACUGAGAAGAAGUUCUUAAGGAAACAGAUUAAAGCCAGGCAUACUUUGCUGAGACAUGAAGGCAUUGAAACAGUAUCCUAUGCCACUCAGGUCCUGGUUGUUGCCAAUGGUGGUUUGGGUAAUGGUAUGAGUAGAAACCAACUGCUCCCGGUGUUAGAGAAACUUGGACAGGUGGAUGCCCUCCUAAUGCCACCUAAUAAACCCUACUCAUUUGUAACAUACAAAACUAUAGAAGACUCCAAGAAAGCCUAUGCUACCCUCAAUGGACAAAAAAUAGUGGAUGAUUUAGGACAAAAGAUCAUUCUGUACUUGAAUUUUGUGGAAAAAGUACAGUGGAAAGAGUUGGGGCUUCAGGCCUUACCUCCAGGCCUCAAAGUGGUGGAAGAAAUUAUUUCUUCUGAGGAAGAGAAACUGCUUUUGGAAAGUGUUAACUGGACAGAAGAUACAAACCAAGAAAAUUUUCAAAAAUCUUUAAAACACAGAAGAGUAAAGCAUUUUGGUUAUGAAUUCCAUUAUGAGAAUAACAAUGUAGAUAAAGAUAAGCCAUUACCUGGGGGUCUUCCUGAGAUUUGUGAUAGCAUUUUGGAGAAAUGGCUGGAGAAAGGUUUCAUUAGACAUAAACCUGAUCAGUUGACUGUGAACCAGUAUGAACCUGGGCAUGGAAUUCCAGCUCAUAUUGACACACAUUCUGCUUUUGAAGAUGAGAUCAUUUCUCUCAGUUUGGGAUCAGAGAUUGUCAUGGAUUUUAAGCACCCAGAUGGUGUCACAGUGUCAGUCAUGUUGCUGCGUCGGAGUUUGCUAGUGAUGACAGGAGAAUCUAGAUACCUUUGGACCCAUGGAAUAACACCCAGAAAAUUUGAUAGUGUUCAAGCAUCCAAGGGUCACAGAAGUGGAAUUAUCACUGGUGAUGUUGGAAACUUAACUUUAAGCAAGAGGGGUAUACGGACAUCAUUUACAUUUAGGAAAGUGAGGCAAACACCUUGCAACUGUAGUUACCCUUUGGUCUGUGACAGCCAGAUGAAGGAGCCUCCUCCAUCAUUUCCAGAGAGCAAUAAAGAAGCCUCACAGUUGGAGCAAAAAUAUGUCCAUCGAGUUUAUGAAGAGAUCGCUGGGCACUUCAGCAGCACGAGACAUACUCCUUGGCCACACAUCGUGGAGUUUUUGAAAGCUUUGCCAAGUGGUUCAUUAGUGGCUGAUAUUGGCUGUGGAAAUGGAAAGUAUCUUGGCAUAAAUAAGGAGUUGUACAUGAUUGGUUGUGAUCGUAGCCAAAACCUUGUGGACAUUUGUAGAGAGAGGCAAUUUCAGGCCUUGGUCUGUGAUGCAUUGGCAGUACCCAUCCGCAGCGGGUCUUGUGAUGCCUGUAUCUCCAUUGCAGUUGUUCACCACUUUGCAAUAGCUGAGCGCAGAGUGGCAGCUCUUCGGGAACUUGUUCGACUCCUGCGGCCUGGUGGGAAGGCACUCAUUUAUGUCUGGGCAAUGGAACAAGAGUAUAAUAAUAAGAAGUCCAAGUAUCUCAGAGAAAACAGAAGCAGCCAAGGAAAGAAAGAGGAGCUCAACAAUGAUCUACCCAUGCAGGAGCUGUUUGUGGAGCAAAUGCCUGACAUGGGCAUUCAAAACUUAGCAAGUUCUGUCUCCUCCAUUAGUGACUUUCAGAAGGGAAGAUAUAACUUGAGGAAAGUUGCUAAUUCCAAGCUGCUGAUCCAUACUAACAGGACUUCUUUUCACUCUCAGGACUUACUGGUUCCCUGGCACCUUAAGGGGAACCCUGGUAAAGAAAAACCUACUGAGCCAUUUGGUCCAGCAGGAACCCAUGACCCAAGUCCUGUGUUUCAUCGUUUCUACCACAUGUUUUGUGAGGGAGAAUUGGAAGCUGCCUGCCAGACUUUGAAUAAUGUCAGCAUUCUGCAAAGCUACUAUGAUCAGGGAAACUGGUGUGUGAUUCUUCAAAAGGGAUACUCUGGCCGCCCUGUGGAGUUCCGACAGGAGGAGGAUCUACACAAGCCAGAUGACAGACAGUGAUUGGCUUGCAAC